GACCAUCUUUGACAAUUUUGUUUUUUAAAUUUUUAUUUGGAUGCAAUGUAAAUCUUUUUUAAGUUAUAAAAUUGUAAACAUAUUAAUUUUCUUUGUAUAAUGGGGAAAGUUCGUAAUGCGGUAAAUGCAUAUAAAGCUUUAAAUGGACUUAUAUGUGUCUAUAAACCUGCGUGUGUUCCUGUAAGACAAGUUCAACAUACACUUAUAACCAAUUUGUGUAGAGAUUUGAAUGCGUUACCUAGUCGUCCUCAAGAACAGAGAGUUGAAAUAGUCGGUGCCACCAAUGCUCCUCUUACUGUAAAAGUAGUACCAAAUCUUGCGGAUGAUCCCUUGGUCUGCGGGCCACGAUACAUACAUGACGAUUUCCGAUGUAGCUGGGCCUCUCAUUUAGGAUUAUUCACCAGUGGAGUUUUAUUAUUAGGUAUAAACGAUGGCACCAGAUUGACAUAUUACAUAAACAGUGCUAGACUGACCAGAGCUUACAAAGUCCACGGUCAGUUUGGAAAAGCUACAGACACUUAUUUCUGGAAUGGGAAAACGGUUGAGAGGGCUACAUUUGGACAUAUUACAAGGCAAAAGAUAGAUGGCGUUGUAGCUCAUAUGCAAGCUGCACAUCAAAAAACUAUGUUUCAGUUGACCGGAUUGCACAUGGACUCGCAAUCAACAUAUGAACUGGCAUCUCAAGGGUUGAUUCGACCAGUAGACAAUAAAUUACCAGUUAUUUAUGGCAUGAAGUGUAUACACUUUCAACCACCUCACUUCACUUUAGAAAUUCAGUCUGUAAAUGAAUAUGAUAAGUAUCUAUGGACGAUAAUUCACGAUUUGGGUAUACAGUUGAAAACUGUGGCUCACUGCACUGGGGUCCAGUGUAUAAGACAAGGCAAGUUUGAUGUAGAACUCUCUCUGCUCAGGAAGCAUUGGCAGUUGGAACACAUCUUGAACAAUAUGGACAGAUGUCAUCAGCUGAUAGAAGAACAUGGAGAACUUUUAAAACCAGAAUCUGCUACUUUAAAACCAUUAAGAAGUAACAAUGAAGUCUUAUAAAUAUAUAAGUCUGGUCAUUGUCUGCACAUAGUCAUAAGAAACAUUUAUUUCCGAGGUCUCUGUAAAAGUAAUAAGGUGCUAAAUAAAAAAAUAAAUAGUAUCUUAUAUGUCUAAGCUUAAAUGUCCAUAUUUCAUUGUGAUGCAUCAUUUAGAAGCUGAGUUUCAGGCUGAACUUUUUUUAUUCUAGACAUCUAUAAAAUAAAUGCAAAUAAUAAUCAAUUUUUGGUUCCUGAAUCAAUUGACAAGUGGUAAAUAGUGCAUUCUUAAAAGUAAUAAAAUUACUGGAUGCAAAAUAACAGAGGACUAGUUAAAAAUUACUGUUGUUAUAGUAAAAAAAGUUUUAUUAAACUGUAUAACUGUAAUACAAUUAUUCCUAUAUAUACAAUAAACAAAUUAUAUUACA